AAACCAGAGAGCUAAGCCAUGACGUCUCUCUCACCUCCGGUAGUCACCACCCCCACCGUUCCCAACCCCGCCACAAAACCUCUCUCCCCCUUCUCUCAAAACAACUCCCAAGUUUCCCUACUCACAAAGCCCAAGCGUUCCUUUGCACGUAAGGUCUCAUGCAAAGCCACAAACAAUGACCAAAAUGAUCAAGCACAGUCCAAACUAGACAGGAGAAAUGUGCUUCUUGGUCUUGGAGGUCUAUACGGCGUGGCGGGUAUGGGCACAGACCCGUUCGCUUUUGCCAAGCCUAUAGCCCCACCAGACGUAUCUAAAUGUGGUCCUGCAGACUUGCCACAGGGUGCAGUGCCCACCAACUGCUGCCCGCCGCCUUCCACAAAAAUCAUUGACUUUAAGCUGCCUGCCCCCGCCAAACUCCGCAUCAGGCCACCGGCUCACGCCGUUGACCAAGCCUACAGGGACAAAUACUACAAAGCGAUGGAGCUCAUGAAGGCCCUACCCGACGACGACCCACGUAGCUUCAAGCAACAGGCAGCCGUGCAUUGCGCUUAUUGCGACGGCGCCUAUGACCAAGUCGGGUUCCCAGAACUCGAGCUCCAAAUCCACAACUCAUGGCUCUUCUUCCCGUUCCACCGUUACUACUUGUACUUUUUCGAGAAGAUCCUAGGCAAACUCAUUAACGACCCGACAUUCGCUUUGCCGUUCUGGAACUGGGACUCGCCAGCCGGCAUGCCACUGCCCGCGAUUUACGCUGAUCCAAAGUCCCCUCUCUACGACAAGCUCCGAUCUGCCAAUCAUCAGCCCCCGACUCUGGUCGAUCUCGAUUACAACGGGACCGAGGACAAUGUGUCAAAGGAAACCACAAUCAACGCCAAUCUCAAAAUCAUGUACAGGCAAAUGGUGUCCAAUUCCAAGAAUGCUAAGUUGUUCUUUGGGAACCCGUACAGGGCAGGGGACGAGCCUGACCCUGGUGGCGGCUCCAUCGAGGGGACACCACACGCGCCGGUUCAUUUAUGGACCGGUGACAACACCCAGCCCAACUUUGAGGACAUGGGGAAUUUUUACUCCGCUGGUCGGGACCCCAUAUUUUUUGCACACCAUUCGAAUGUCGAUCGAAUGUGGAGUAUUUGGAAAACUCUUGGAGGUAAGAGAACUGAUCUUACUGACUCGGACUGGUUGGACUCCGGAUUCUUGUUUUACAACGAGAACGCAGAGUUAGUCCGAGUCAAGGUCAGGGACUGCUUGGAGACCAAAAAUCUUGGGUAUGUAUACCAAGAUGUGGACAUUCCUUGGCUCAGCUCCAAGCCAACACCGCGAAGGGCGAAAGUUGCAUUGAGCAAAGUAGCGAAGAAGCUGGGAGUUGCACACGCAGCUGUUGCGUCGUCCAGCAAGGUGGUGGCAGGCACUGAGUUCCCGAUAAGUCUGGGGUCGAAGAUAAGCACGGUGGUGAAGAGACCGAAGCAGAAGAAGAGGAGCAAGAAGGCCAAGGAGGAUGAGGAGGAGAUAUUGGUGAUUGAGGGAAUCGAGUUUGACAGGGACGUGGCUGUGAAGUUUGAUGUGUAUGUGAAUGACGUCGAUGACUUGCCGAGUGGGCCUGACAAGACGGAGUUUGCCGGAAGCUUUGUAAGUGUGCCGCACAGCCACAAGCACAAGAAGAAGAUGAACACUAUUUUGAGGUUAGGGUUGACAGAUUUGUUGGAGGAAAUUGAGGCGGAGGACGAUGACAGCGUGGUGGUGACUUUGGUGCCCAAGUUCGGCGCUGUCAAGAUUGGUGGUAUCAAGAUUGAAUUUGCUUCUUAGUUAGUUAUGUCAACCCAGGCAUCAAGAAUCGUAUGAUCAUCAUCAUGCUUGGAUCGAUCAUGUGUUGUAAUUCUUCAAUUUGGUGGUUUUGUUCCUUUUGAAUAGUCAAUGUUCGUGUACAAAAUAAACAUGAUGAUGAUGUGGUAUUUUCAUCACCAUGAAAUAUGAAUUAGAAAUCACAUUUUGUUCGUU